AUGACGUUCUUCACCCUGUUCAUUUUCCCCGAUGUCUACGGCUGUGAGAAGGGCCUGCAAGACAUCAUCAGCGCCCUCAGUAUACAUGUUGCCUCUCUGCUUUGUUCGAUCGCCGCGUAUCGGAUCUCCCCGUUUCAUCCGCUCGCAUGGUAUCCAGGCCCUCCCUUGGCAAAAGUGACAAAGUUCUGGGGCGUAUGGCUAUCAUGGACCGGAACGCAGCAUCGGGUGUUUCUAAAUCUGCAUCGAAAGCAUGGCCCCUUUGUGCGCACAGGGCCUAAUGAGUUGUCUGUUGCGGACAUAAGAGCUGUUACCGAAGUACUUGGUGCCAGCGGACUCAGCAAAGGUGAAUGGUACUCAGCUCGCCAAGACCCCAACGCACCCAGGAACCUAAUUGUCUUAACCGGCGAAGCUCAUGCUAACCGGCGUCGACUAUGGAAUAGAGGUCUAAGCACUGAGAGUCUCAGAGAAUACGAACCUGUCCUCUCGAACAGAGUGAAGCAGUUUAUGGUCCACCUCAUGGCUGCCGCUCCAGUGGGUAGCUUGGAUAUUUCGCAGUCAAUCGGGUACUUCACGUUUGACUUCAUGGGUGACAUGGUGUACCUUUGCCCUUUGCACAUGUUGUCUAAUGGUGGCGAUGAGAGUGGCUUUUGGGACAUGCUCAAUCGAUUUUCUGUCGCCGCAUCGAUCAUAUCUCACAUUCCCUGGAUUUUUCCGAUCGUACAGAGGGUCCCGUUUCUAUCUCGGGAUUUGAAAAGGCUGCGGAAGUUUGGUCUCGAGCUGGCCAUGGGUCGUAUGCAGAGGGGAGCGAGAAUGAAAGACUUGUGGUAUCAUCUGUCAGACGAGGCUCACAUGGAGAAGAAGAAGCCUUCCAUUUCUGACGUGAUUGCUGAUGGUGCCCUCGCUGUGAUUGCUGGAGCCGAUACGACAGCCGGAGCUCUCACAGCGCUCGUCUACUUCGUCUUGAGAAACACUGAGUGUUACCAUAAGUUAAGAGACGAAGUUGAUAGGAUUUAUCCGCGUGGGACAGACGCCACCGACAUCACUCUUCACGAUCGCCUUGUUUGGAUGGACGCCUGCAUUAAUGAAACACUACGUCUUCAACCACCAGUACCUACCAAUGGCCCCCGACAAGUGCCAUAUGAUGGACUCGGAGUGAAUAUAGCUGGAUGUUAUGUUCCUCCUGGGACACAGGUCUAUCUUCCACCAUAUUCAAUCCAUCGCGACCCUAGGUACUUCUCACCGCUGCCGGACACCUUCUUGCUCUCUCGAUGGCUCCAAUCUCAAUCGGAAUCCUCUGGUAACGUGACUGCACUCAAUCAGCACGGCUUCAUACCAUUCUCACACGGGCCGGCAAACUGUGUGGGCCGCCAUCUUGCGCGGAUGGAGAUCAAGAUGGUAAUCAGUGAGCUCAUACAGAAGUUUGAUCUCCAGUUCGCAGAGGAAUUUGAUUCAGGUGGAUGGUGCGAUACCAUCAAGGAUUACCUGGUGACCACUCGAGGGCCACUGCUGGUGAAUUUGAAACCGAGAUGUAGUAAUUUGUGA